CAAUAUUCCAUUAGCCUAGUUAUUCCAAUGAACAUGGAAACUCUGUUUCUUUUCCCAAAUCUUCACUCACGCAGGGGAUUAUAACGUUUCUUCCUUUCGUUCGCUUUUAGGCCUAUUAUAGGCUAUUCGCAUUCUUUACUGUGGUAAAGAAGAAAAAAACACCAUAGGACAGAAACCUUUUUGCUUGCACGUCAAUUUCUAUUUAACACAGUUUGUGCUUGUUAUUAGACUUUAUAAGGCGUGUCAAGUUUAUUUGUAUAGCUCUUCAGACCUUUUACAACAAGUGUCAGUUCCUUGUAACAUCAGGAGAUAACAUGAAGAUAUUAUUAAAGCGAAAUGGUCUCUUUCCUGUUCGUGUCCCACAUCCCUCUCAAAGAGCAGAGCAGUAGGCUAUAUGAUGCAUCUUUGUGUAGAAAUAAACAAAUGUUUUUUUUUUUUUAAAUAAUAUUUAACUUUCUUAUUAUUUAGGUUACCAUUAUUUACCGAUAUUUAUUUCAUAGUUUUACAGGCUGUAGUGUGUCGUUUCAUUGAAGGAAUAGCUAAAAUAAACACGCGCGUCUGUUACAAAAUGGAUGUUUGAGUAUUUUUUUUUUUUUUUUUUAUAUUUCAAAAUUUUUCAUUGAGGUAUGUAUACACACAAACAUACACACAAGCUCCAAAUAUUUAUAUGUAUGAUUACCAUAUUUAAUAUGUUUUUAAAAUAGGCUAUAUAAAAUAGUAAAAUAGUUCCAACAGAUUUUGCUGUGGUACCGAAAUUGGUACCGAGAACCGUAAAAUUUUUAUGGUAUUGGUACCGACUACUGGAAUUUUGGUACUGUGACAACACUAAUCUGAUCAAUGAAGAUCAUUUAAAUGGCACCAAUCUGCUAACAGAUAUAUUGCGCAAAACCAGGUUAACUUAAAAUACGUUGACCUACAAUUAAAAGUUCAGUUUAGGUCCAGAGUAACCAAAUCAAUAGACUUUUAGAAUAAUCUCGUCUGUAAUAACAGACAGCAUGUCCAGAAGACAAGUGCUCGAACUCUUCCCACAGCGAAACCCUUUCCGUGGGAAGCUAAUCCACAGUUUAGCACUCGCAUACAAAUGCCAACUAGCAAUAAAAAAGGAUUUGACUUAAUCUUUCAUCAGGCUGGAAUUAAUGUGUUGUGCCGUAUAACAAGGGUUCUGCCAAACUUGGCAGGCUGGGAAAUACAGUUUCAAUGUUAAUGAAGUUGGGAACCUUCUGUACAAAUCUUAGCCAGGGUCUUAUGCCUAUUCAGGAACAUUUAGUUCAUCUAAUCCUGACUAGUCAUUUGGGCUUAGAAGCUUCAGUCUCAGAUUCAGACUGAAGCUUCAUUUGUUUACAAAAAUGUUUUCACUCAGAAAUCUAUAUUUGCCUUUAAUACGUUAUGGUAUUUAUUCAUAACCACUUGCCAAAAUGGCAUUUAAAAAAAAAAAAAAAAACAAAAAAAAAACACAUUUGCUUACUAUGUAUGGGUAUCAGGGCUGAUUAAGAAUUUCCUUAACUUAUUGGUAUCGGCUACCCCAAGAACAAUCCUUUAAGUUUGCUGUCAUGCAGGUGUCAUACAGUAGGUGGCGGUAUGCAUCUUCAAGUGGGUUUGCGAAUAGCAUAUAAGAGGAAAAGCUCAAAUGUAUGUGCAGAACCAAUGAGGUCUGUUCUAGCAUUACACACACGUUUGAGUUUCCGUGUUUUGCAUAUUUGAUGCAGAAGUUUGUAACGCAUCGCAAAUGAAUUGAAAGUCACUUGAGAAUUGAAUUGAAAGUCACUUAUUUAUGAUUUAUUUUUAUCUGCCAUCAGACUAUCUGAGAUGUUGCUGCCGUAACAUGUUGCUAUGGGUUGCGUCUUGCUUCAGACUUGACGGACAGAUACCGCAAGCUUCAUGCUUUCUAACUUUAAAUCCACUUUGUUUUUUCUUUUGUUGCAAAUUAUUAUGGUUAAGUUUAUAUCAAUAGUCUCAUAACUUUAUUAGUUAGGCUAGUAGUUUUUGCUGUGGUAUCAAAGCAGUGUUGGGUAAAUAAUUACUGUAAUUUAAUUAUCUUUCCCUUGAAAAAGUAAGGGAUUCAUUUUUAUUUUUUUUUUCUGUAAUUGAAUUACAGUUACUUCUGAUAUAACUGCAUUUAAUACUGUAUAGACUAUAGAACAAUUCUAUAUAAAGCAUCAAAUGUUAAAAUGUAUGUUUUUAAUGUAACCUCCUCCCUUUAAAUACAUAUUUUCUUCAUAAGAAUUGCUCUGUCUGUCUUGGCAAACACAAUCAACCUUAAAAGACUCUUAAAUCUUUAGCUAAAAGCUCCCUACUAAAUUUGUUUGGUCUGAUUUAAGUUUUUUCUUGUUAACUUUUAUAAACAAAAGAUGAAGCAUGACACACUCCAGGAGCUGGAGGCGUACAUGGUUCAAGAGUUUCUAUUUGCCAGACACUAGCCAACGCACCAGCAAAAUGAACAAACAAAAGAGAGUUCUGUACAGCAGCCCUUGUUCCACUAAAGAAGAAAAGUAUUUCUUUACUAGUUUAUCAUCAAAGCAUAGAAUUCAGGUUUUAUGAGCUGUUAUUCUUUUGCCUUUAAAAAAGCAUUUAAAGACAUUUUUGCUUUAAGUUUCCACACACACACACACACACACAAAAGUCAAAUAUUUCAGUUUUUUUUUUACUGAAAUAUUUUUCAUGACCUUUAAACUUUGAUCUAAUGGCUUAGAUAAUUCAGAUAUCUUCAAAAACAAUUUUGAGCAUUAAUGCGGAUGUAUGAAUUUCAAAAGAAAUUGGAGCUUAUAAAUGAACAAAGCAGCCAGCAAGUGUCAAGCACACAUACAAAAAAAACAAGAAAAAAAAAAGAUGAGAUCAGUAAGUAAUAGCAACAUAUGUUUUCCCAUGAACACAAAUUAAUUUAACCAAUUUCAACUUAAAUUUGAGUCGAACUUAAAAAAAAGUAUAUACAAAGUACAACAAAUUAAGCCAGUUUAAUAUAAUUUAAAAAACAACAACAACAAAAAAGUCAAAGUCUAUAUAUUAAAGUAGCUGGUAUAUCUCUACAGUGUAGAAACUCUUUAAUAGUUUAAAAGCAUUCCAGGAUGCACCUCAUGAACCAGUUCCAGAAUGAGCCUAGGGAUCUAGAGAAAGGGUUGAUGUUUUAAACAUUUUUUUGGUCACUACAUAAUUCUCAUACUUACAUGUAUACAAUGUCUACCUUAAGUCAUAAGUGGAAGGUGUGUUCAAACUUUUGAUUGGUAGUAUGUACAACAUACAGGCUUUUAUUUAUUUAUUUAUUUUUUUUCUCCCCAAUAACCAGCUUUAACCUCCAAAUUCACUCUGGCAAGGUGGGAAACAGAUGUGCCUAGACCUAUGCAGCCUGAACACACUAUGGUAUUGGGAGGGGGAGAAAGACUGUUCAUGGGCUGACCGUGCAAAAAAAUGUAAUGCAAAAAGGAGUCAUGUCCUCAAUCGAUCUUAAAAUACGACAGAUCAACCAUUAAACCAACCCCCUUAAGUAUUCACAGGGUGUUAAAGGACAAUCCCGCCCAACAGACACCUAAAGAAUAUUAGCUUGGUGCCUUAAAGUUCAAGUCUGGAGAGAUACUCAAUGGGCUCUAGAUUUUUAUUUUUUCAAAAAACAAAGCAACACCAUAUUUUCAGAGACAAGAAAAACUAACAUGUUUUUGUUUUUCAUUUCCAGGGAGGGGUUUGACACAAAUUAUGAAAAGUAGGUGGCUGGGAUGUAUAAAACCCCUUUUUAAAAUAGUCUAGUUGACUAAAUGGGGAAAAAAGACCAAAGAAGUAAUCUGGUCACACUGCGGUACAAGGCAGUGAAUGAAAAAUAUAAAUAGCUGCUUCGCUGCACUGAAGAAAAUGACCCCCCAGGAUCAUUGGAACCACCCCGGUGUUGACACAUUCAUCCAUUUCUCCAGGUUUAACUCACGAGUGAGGGAGAGAGGGAGGGAGAAGCAGAGCGAGUCAGUAAACAGAGGCAGAAUGAGAGAGGAAUGGGUAGAGGACGUAUGAAAGUUUUAGACCAGUGAUCACGAUAGGUGAUGCGGAUAAGAUCUGGGGAUUCGUCCAGCUCCUCAAGAACAAGGAAAUUCCUCAGCAUGAAACCGAAAAGCGAGAUGAUAUCUGGAUCUUUUCCCACAAAGAAUUUGGACAUCCUAAUGUUUUGUUUGUACUUUUUUUGGUGUACAUAUAAAAGGCAAUAACUCACAAUCUGAGGGACGUUUUGUGCACUUGUUUCGCUUGCUUAAAAGACAGAAAAAAAAUACAGCAAUGAUUAAUAUGGAAUUAAGCUAAUGAAUAGAGGAAACCCACAGUGUUGAGUUCAAGGAGUGUAAAACGACAGAGACAGAACAAAGAUGGGCAAUACCUCGUCUACCAUGUGACUACUCUAAACUCUGGUUCCAGCUGGAGAUAAUAAUUUGGAGGUGAAUACUUUGGAAAUUCUUUUGCUCAAUACAUCGGAUUUUUGCAAGCAAACAGAAGCGCAUCAUUUGAAUUGAACACACCAUCACCCUCUGAUCGGACGGAGUCUGUGACAAUGCUGGACGAGCCCACGGGAAAAACAAAAGCUCAAUUUUACAAAGCAGAAUGGAUAGCAAUAACCAUGGAGAACUCCGUUGGGCCGCACUGCUCAUUCUUCUGGUCAUCUUUCCUACCAUUGGUGGAAACAUCCUGGUCAUUCUGGCAGUAUCACUGGAGAGAAAACUCCAGAACGCGACUAACUUCUUCCUGAUGUCUCUGGCUGUGGCCGAUCUACUGGUGGGAUUGCUAGUGAUGCCCAUCGCUCUGGUGACUGUGCUUUUCCACUCCAGAUGGCCCCUUCCAGACUUCCUGUGCCCCAUCUGGCUGUUUCUGGAUGUCUUGUUCUCAACUGCGUCCAUCAUGCACCUGUGCGCCAUCUCCCUCGACCGCUACAUAGCGAUCAAGAAACCAAUACAGCACAGCCAGUUCAAGUCCAGAGCUAAAGUGUUGGCUAAAAUCACACUUGUCUGGAUAAUCUCUAUAGGUAUUGCAAUACCUAUUCCAAUCAAAGGGCUACAAGUCUACGAUCAUCCCAACAACAUCACCUUCAACAACCACCACACCUGUUUGCUUUCGCCAGAGGGCUUUGGGGACUUCAAGGUGUAUGGGUCUUUGACGGCUUUCUUUAUUCCCCUUACAAUUAUGAUGAUCAUCUACUUGCUGACAAUUCAAGUACUGCGCAAGAAGGCCUAUCUUUUGAGAUCGAGAGCUACAAGGCCCAACAUUUCCACUGUCUUCCAGCAGGAAUUGCCGGCUCUCUCUUCUCCUGAGAAAGUGCCCAUUGCAAAUGGAAUAAAAAGGGACCGAACACUGAACCGUGUCACAAGGAAUGAGGUUCCCCUCCGCAGGAUGUCCACCAUAGGAAAGAGGUCCAUGCAAAACUUGUCUACUGAACAAAGGGCAUCAAAGGUCCUGGGGAUUGUAUUCAUGUUGUUUGUUGUGAUGUGGUGUCCUUUCUUCAUUACUAACGUGACUUCUGUACUCUGUCAAGGAUGCAACAGUAAUCUAGUGGAACAAUUGUUGGAUAUCUUUCAAUGGGUGGGCUAUGUUUCGUCGGGCAUCAACCCUCUUGUUUAUACACUGUUUAAUAGGACAUUCAGGCUGGCUUUCACGCGCUACAUCACCUGUAACUACAGACGUGUGAGGACUCCAAAAAUGCAAAGGAGAAGCAGAGUGUCUUUUCGGUCAUCAGUGACUGAAAACUCAAAACGGUUUAUGAAGCACGGUAUGAAGAACGGCAUCAGCCCUGUAAGCUAUCAAAGUCCUCUCCGGCGUCGACCUAUGCAUCUGCAGACCUCUGCAAAUAUCACACUAGACAUGUUGCUUCUGGCAGAGAAUGAAGACUGCAAACCUGACGAACACGUAAGCCACGUGUAGUAUAUCUGACACACUAGAGACAAGAUAACAGAGACAUGCCAUAGCGUUUCUCUCGCAAAAAAAAAAAAAAAAGCUCAUGGGAACCAGUGAGAUAUGGUCAAAAAGAACUUCAAGACCAUAUAAAGUGGUCAUAAGUUUGUUCUGCAUUGCAGUCAAUACAAUACUCCAACUUGAAGCCUUGGAUUGGGGGAUAUAAUGGCACAUAAGAUGAAUGUCUAACAGCCACCAAAAGACAACACAGCUUUUGGGUAUGAAAAUAAUGGGCAGCUUAAUAAUUGGUAGUGCUGUGAAAAUAAACAAUACUUGGGGGCAAGAUAGGGUCAUCUUCGCACAUCCCAAAUUUGGUUGACAGGGUCUACGAUGUUAAGCCAAAAUAAGACACCUUCUUAAGUAAGAUAAGCACAAGUAGCUCAUUUAAAAAAAAUCACACCUCCACUUACCUUCUGUAUAAAAGGAAAAAUAAAUACCUUACUGAAUUAUGACAGGGCUUCUUUAUUUUUGUAGAACAAUCUUGAAUCAAGUGCUUUUGUAAAUGUAAGAUACUGUAGAUACUGAUAUUUUUGAAGAUUCUUGGAAAUAUUGCAAAAGUUGGAACUCUUAGAACUAUAUACAAAUAAAUUUUUUCUCCAGAUAA